AUGAAACAAAAUAUUAGUUUUAUCUUUUACAUCAAAAUUUUUAUGUUUAUCCUUUUAAUUUGGAUGUGUCAUUUUUGCAGUGACAUGAAUAGGUUUAACGAAAUUUUGGAUGAGAAUUAUGGCUCUGGAAAAAAAUUAGAUAAACGAAUUUAUCGAUUAUUAGUAAAAUAUAAAAAGGAUAUUUUUUCAAAUGUUGGAGAUUUAGAAUUAAAGAUCCCAUAUAAUAAAAAAUGGAAGAGCGAAAAAUCAUGUACAAUUGAUGAUGAAAAAUGGGUCAAAGAAAAAAAAGAAAAAUUAUAUAGAAGCUUAUUAUAUAAGGAACAAUUGAUUAAGCAACUUAUGAAAAAUAAAAACACCAUGUUUCAUAAGUCAUAUAAUCAUUAUGAAAAAAAAAUAAUGAAUGGACUUGAUGAUAAAGUUUUUUUUAAUAAAAUGAUGUUAAUUAAUGAUAAGGAUUACAAAAAAUUAAAACGUAAAAAGUACGGAUUACGAUUUUGUUUACUUUUAUUAAUGUUCCUGUUGGUAUCAGUGAUACCUAUAGUAGAUUUAUCAUUAGGGAAUUUUAAAACCAUAGGUAUUUUAAUAAAUUCAUUAUGUCAGUUAUCAGGGUAUGAUGAAUCUAGUUUAACGGGUAGUGCUCCUGAGAAUCCUUUAUCUGCUUUUUGGUUCAGUACAUGUCAACUGAAGAAUUAUAUAGGAUUUAAAAUAUUUAGUAUUCUAACAUAUUGUUUACCUAUGUUAAUACUUGGUAGUUUAAUUGUACGAGGAAUUUAUUAUUAUUAUAAAAAUAUUAUAAAACAUAAAAAAAUUAGGUUCUUGGAAACGUUCAAUGAAUGGUAA